GGUGGCUCGCGUGGUUGCUUCGCUUCUCUGCCUUUUUUGUAUUGUGUUGUUGCGCAUUUCCCUUCCCCUCCUUGUUCCGCGUCUCAGUCUCCCAAGGACCACACAGCAAACAAACCAACAACCAACCAAUCAACCAGCCAUGGCCAUGUCAACAAGCCAAAGCCAAGACCCCUCCCGGGUCCAGGAUGCUGCCAGGACGCCCAAGCAGUGGGGACAACUUCUGUUCUUCUAUUUCUGCUUCUACGGCUGGUUGAUCGCCUUCUUCGCCAUCUGCUACUCUGUCAUGUUCAGCACCCUCCCCGAUCGCCGCUCCCCGCCCAAGCUCGACAACCUCAUCAACCCUGGUUUCAUGGCAACCUACGGCAUCUCCUUCACCGACUUCAAGAACCAGCACAUGCGCUUCCUCCCCGCUACCAUCACCCCACCCGUCCCUUUCACCAACAACCCUGGCGUGUACAAGGACUCUGUCGCUGCCGUGCAGUUCAACUUCACCUCGUUCCAGCAAGACAUCAUUGACGGUACCCUCGAGUUUGACUUCCGGAUUGGCAUUCAGUUUGACUAUGGCCAGAACAAGCUGCAAUCGGUUGGCCGCGGCUACCAGAUCCUCGACGUAAACGUCAGGCAGUAACACGUCUCACACCGCCACCACACGCAGAUCCGUGAACACACGCAUGAGGGAGCAACCGAGCCUCGUCCCCGUGUUUCACGCGCAAUCAACUAGUCGAAAACAGCCACCCCGCUUUGCUCGUCUUGUCCCUUUCUUCCCUUGAACGCAAAACCAUCUUGCAUGCUUUCUUCCAUUCCUCCCUUUGCUGACCUAACACUCGGCACCUUUUGGUGUGUUGCAACCCAGUCCACCCAAUCCACCCAGCCAACUCUUCUUCUUCAUCUUCUUCCUUGCCACACGUGCACGUCUGUUGUCUGUGCGUUUUUGUGUCGGAUGUUAUCACCACAACGCGCAUGUUGUGUCUGCUUGUGCAUGUCCUUUACUACUACUCGAGCGAGAAAUACAACCAAUCUGCAAAAGCAACAGCGCCCAGCCACGAACGAGCAUGCAUGCAUUAACUAACAAUCAAACGCCG